AGGCUAACAUCAGGCUGAGAUGGGGAUAUCUGGAUUAACAACCUUUAUGGAUGAUAAUCUUCAUCUUCUGAAGGAAUGGCGUCUGCAUGAUACCAAGGUGGUUAUUGAUGGUAAUAAUCUGUACCAUCUUAUCUUCUACAACAAUCAUGUAGAUUUUCUGCAUGGAGGAGAUUAUGAUCAGUAUGCCAGAAAAAUUAAAGAAUUUUUCACUCUCCUUCAAUCCUGCAACAUUCAGCCUUAUGUUGUGUUUGAUGGUGGAUAUGAGCAAGAUGACAAAAAAUUCCACACGAUUUUAGGAAGAGUGCAGCAGAGACUUGAAAUGGCUAUCCGUCUAGCAAAGGGACAGAGGGGCAAAGUAAUGCCGAUCCUGGCCUAUGAAACAUUUAAGGAAGUUUUGUUACAAAUACACAUACCUUUUGCUGUGUGUGAUUUUGAAGCUGACAAAGAAAUUGGAAUCUUAGCUAAUGAUUUUGACUGCCCUGUUUUGUCAUACGACAGUGAUUUCUACAUUCUGCCACUAAGUGCUGGUUUUAUUCCAUUUGACAGUGUUAAUUUUACAUUGCAAGAAAACACCAGAGAGGAUGGUACUGCCUAUCAUUACCUGCCUGCCCGGAGGUACCAUGUUGACAAUUUUGUGAAAUUCUUCCCUUCCUUAGGAAGAGAUGUUUUACCGUUGUUGGCUGCCCUCCUUGGAAAUGAUUAUGUGGAUAUUCGUAUUUUCCAGUCAUUUUAUUCAUCAGUCAGAUCGUAUGAAGGAAGAACACAGUUUAGAAUUCCAAAGUCUCAUUUGAAAAUCCAAAAGGUAAUAAGCUGGCUAGAAAGUUUAGAGUCAUACAAGGAAGGAAUCGAAAAACUUAUGGAAAGUGCAGGAUCACCAGCACAGAAAGAGACCAUUUCAGUAGCCAUAAGAAAAACUAUUGAAGCAUUUACAACCAGUGCAACUGAUUCUGGAUGCUCUCUUCAUAAGUUCUUCAGAGAUAAUUAUAGUACAGAAAUGCAAAGUUUAGAGGUAAAAGUACCCUCUAGCUGGAAUUUGGUCCAGGGCUAUAAUGGGUCAGUGAUCCCUAGUUGGUUUUUACCCAGUCAUCGACAGGGAAUCCUUCCUCCCAGCUUCUUGGACGUCAUAACAUUGCACAGAAUAUUUCUCUUACUCCAAGUGGAACAUCCAAAAUCCCAGUCGUCACAUCAAUGUUCUCUUAAACUAAGGCAGCUAAUGUAUGGAAUUCUUCUUUCAGAGGAUAUUGCUGGUCUGGAAAAGAAUGAUGAGGUAGUGGUAAGCAGAAAAUGUGGUGUAGAGGAGUAUGAUAGAGUUGGACUGGAUUUAACCAAAAAAAUUGUAUUACCGGCCCGUGCUUUUGAAGGAUAUGGUCCGGUGCCAAGGCUUCCUGCAAUACCAGACCUUUUAUCCUCCUAUAAAGAGAACUUCCUCCGUCAGGCACUAAACAUACCACUCUUUGACACAGAGCACAUGACUAAAGAUCUUGAGCUUGUUUUAGGAAUCAUUCUAUACUGGGUCAGGAAUGCCAAACCAAAAGUAACAGUUUAUCAUUUACAGGCUGCUGUGGUCUGUCUGAUUAUGUUGAAAGUAAAGUGGGUACUUAUUCAUCGUGGGCCUACAGGGACCAGGGAGAAUCUGAUAGAGACAGCUGUUCUGGAAACACCUACAGAAACUGUAAAGGAAGUCAGGACCAGGCUUCAUCCAUACAAUGCAAGGCCUGAACACAGCAGCAAACACCCUGUAGACAGCGAACUGAUCCAUGGAUUUGCUCAGUUCCAGUCCUGUAUUCUGGUUGCUUUGCAAUUUAACUUUCUUCUUCAGUGCCCUUUCCCUAGUCCCUACACUCCUCACAUAUUCUCUGGAACUUUUCUGUAUAAUUUUUGUCAAGAGCUUCAGAAGCGAAGAAGUCCAGACCUGUUUAUAUGUGAAAUGCUUGUGAAGGACUCCAAGCUUCCACAGGUUUACCAGUGCCUUUAUGAUGUAUUGAUAAAUUCUCUUGAACCAGAUGGUUUACUCUCUGACUCUAAAUAUAAGAAGAGAAACAAAUCUCACAAAGACAAGGGAAAGAAAAGCAAAAGGAAUGCAUCUGGUUCUAGCAAUUCAAAAAGUCUGGAACUCUCCCCAGAGGUGGAAAAGAAAACUAAAUUACAGGUGCGAUACGUGGCAAACUGUCAACUGACCAACAGAUUUGCGGGUCUGGUCUUAAGUGAUGACAGCCAGGGAGAAAGUGACUAGAAGUGCAAUUUAUUUAUUUCAAAGAUUAGAGAUUGAAAUGUUUACAUACCUUUUAUAUUUGUCUGGUUUUAAGCUUGAUUAUUAUAAUUUUUUUAUCAUCUUUGUUUU